AACUAGAACACACUCACUCACUUACCUCACCGACGAAUCCGCGCCGUCGAAAUCCAUGGAGCCCGAGGGAACCAUCGUGUUCACCACCGUCGGAUUGCCCCACUUCGGCUUCGACGUGUUCUCCGUCGCCGUCCCCGGCGACCCCGGCGCCGCCGUUACGGAGCUAACGGAGCGCCGUCACACCGACGGCGUCUCCGUGAACUACAACGCCCAGUUCGCGGACGAGGACGGCGACGCCGUCGUCUUCGUCUCCGAGCGGACCGGCUCGGCCCGGCUCUUCCUCUCCCGGCCCGGCCGAACCGAACCGGAGCCGGUCCCGGGCUUCCCCGAGAGCCUGUUCCACGACCGUCCGAUCGUGAGAGACGGACGGCUGUACUUCGUCUCGGCUCACGAGAGGCAAUCCGAGCCGUUCAAGAGCUGGGCCGCGGUUUACUCGACCGGGGUGGAGGGGGGGGAGGGCCCGGUCCGGCUCACCCCGACCGGGGCGGUCGAUUUCAGCCCCGCGCUGGACCGGGCCGGGGAGCUCGUCGCGGUGGCGUCGUACGGGUUUCGGCGGUGGGGGGGCGAUUUCCGCGAGCUCGACACGGAGAUCGCCGUGUUCCCCGUCGCCGACCCCGCGCGCCGCCGCGUCGUCGCCGCCGCCGCCGCGGGGUGGCCCUCCUGGGGCGGCGGCGCCGCCGCAGCGCCGCCGCGGCUCUACUUCCACCGGAGGGCGGAGGACGGGUGGUGGAGCGUCUACGAGGCGGAUCUCGGCGGCGGCGGCGCGGCGGCGAGGCGGGUGACGCCGCCGGGGGUGCACGCGUUCACGCCGGCGGCGGCGGGGGACGGGCGGAGAAUCGCGGUGGCGACGCGGCGGAAGGGGCGGCGCCACCGCCACAUCGAGAUCUACGACCUCGAAUCGGGGGAGUUCGUCCCCGUCACGGAGCGGAUAAACCCUAAUCUCCACCACUACAACCCCUUCUUCUCCCGGGGCUCGAACCGCCUCGGGUACCACCGAUUCCGCGGCGAGGGUUCCCCGGGGGACCGCGUCGUCCCCAACCUCCACCCCGUGGCGAGCCCCGCGGAGGCCCAAACCCUAACCCUCCUCCGCGCGAACGGGACCUUCCCCUCCUUCUCCCCCGACGGCGAUCUAAUCGCCGUCAACGGCGACUUCCUCGCCUCCCCGGGCCUCUCCAUCGUCAGAUCCGACGGCUCGAGGCGCUGGAUCGCGAUCAGGGAGCCGGCCCUGUUCGCCACGGCGUGGAGCCCGAGGGAGCGCGGGGUCAUCUUCACCUCGGUGGGGCCCAUCUUCGAGACCGCGAAGGCGACGGUCCGGAUCGCGCGGGUCGAGUUCGACCCCGGGGAGCUGGACGGCCGAGAUGAUGGCGAGCUCCUCGCGUCCGCGCGGGUGACCGUGCUGACGCGGCCCGAGGCCGGGAACGACGCGUUCCCGUCGUGCUCGCCCGACGGGCGGUGGGUCGUGUUCCGGUCGGGUCGGUCGGGGCACAAGAACCUGUACGUGGUCGACGCGGCGCGGGGCGAGGGGGAAGGGGACGGGGUCCGGAGGCUGACGCAGGGGGAGUGGGUCGACACGAUGCCGAGCUGGUCGCCGCGCGGGGACCUGAUCGCGUUCUCGUCGAACCGCCACGACCCGACCAACCCGGACGGGUUCGGGGUCUACCUGGUGGGCCCGGACGGGGCGGGGCUGCGGCGCGUCCGCGUGGCGAGCGGCGACGUGGACAGGGAGAGGAUCAACCACGUGGCGUUCAGCGGCGACGGGGAGUGGCUGGUGUUCACGGCGAACCUGGGCGGGGUGAACGGGGAGCCCGUGGCGGGGCCCAACCAGUUCCAGCCGUACGGGGAGCUGUACACGUGUCGCCUCGACGGGAGCGGGCUCCGGAGGCUGACGUGUAACGCCUUCGAGGACGGGACGCCGGCGUGGCACCCGCGCCGCCUCUCGGUGGGCCCCGCCGCGCCGGCCGGGGAGCCGCUCCGGGGCGAGUUCGACAUCUAG